AUGGCGCUAGCAUCAGCGGUAUAUUGUGGGCUGGGCAUCUUCAAUAUUUUUAACCUCUCGUUCACGCCAGUGGAGUAUAUGGUAAACUUGUAUCUCUGCCUUUUCGCGGUUGUGACCCUGAUUCUUGAGGGUAAACCGGAGUGGCCAGGUGUGAACAAGAUACAGGAGAAAAUAUUUUUCCAGGCGCAUUUUCUGUCAACAGUUGGAGGUCGGGCGGGAUUCUACAUUUUCCAAGGCACGUUCGCCAUGGCACGGUACAUCAGCAAUCAUCCCUACGGAAAAGAUGACGUUAAUGAAAUUGUUCUUAAUCUUGACAUACCUUUAGAAGUACAAUAUUUAGGGAGUCUGGUUCACACUGAUGAAUUUAAAUUGAUUUAGAUUCCACUUUGGAAGCCUAUCUCGUAAUCUUGGCAGGUAUGACGAAGAUCUUCUGAUGUUUCUCUUCGGCCUUGGCUUCUUCGCCAUCGGAGCGUUGAUAUUGGGUCAGCAGUACCGAUCUGGCGGGAUAAGUAGUCUAGGGAGAGAAAAUCUCUUACGAGAAUAUCACGGUAGCGGUCCUGCAAACUCGGUUUAGAUCCCCUGUCCACGAGUCCACUAAAAGGGGAGCAUAAUCUAACCUGUCCGUCCUGACACAACAACGAGAAACAGUCCCGACCCACGAAGGCAGCAAGUGAGAGGCCAUCAUUAUCCGGAAAGCUAGGACGCAGUAAGAUGACCACGAAGAGAAUGAGAAAUUUGACAACUUACUUGAUUGAGAGCUGAAAUCCUGAUUCCUUACACUGUACACAUUAUCGUUUUAAGAUCCAAAUCCAAAGGUCGAUCAGCGAUCAAUCUAAAUGCUUGAAACCUACAUAACUAUCCACGGGCAGAAAGAGAGACGACAUAUUUGAAACCAAAAGUUCGUAUUCAGAUAACGAGGAGAUCCGAAUCUCAAACUGCUAUACCCACGAGCCCUUUUCAGGGCGAUGAUGGAGACGAGGUCGACAUGAGGCAGCUGACAAACUAGGUGGCGC